CGUUUACCUAUCGCGUACUGACAGAAAGCCCAGCCAGCCUGGAGUUCCUCAGCGCUGAUGGUGAAUAGCCACUGCUGCGGUAACGGGCGGAGGAGAAGAAGCCGCAGAAGGAGUCUGCAGUGGCAGAGCAGCCUUCGCUCUGAGUUAGUCUUGUAGAUUUAGCAGUAUUACGCGUGUCAUCGGACCCUUACAAAGCCCAGAAGGGAAGGGAAGGGGAGAAAUAAGGAAAGAUGGCGGCCGCGGCCUCGCCGGGCUCCGGCUCGUCCACCUCCUCAGACUGGAUUGUACUGAGAGACGGUUGCCUGCGUUGCGACGAGGAGGGCCUGCGAAGCCUCUCCUACCACCCGGCCCUCAAUGCUAUCUUGGCCGUUACCAGCCGCGGCAAUAUCAAAGUAAUUGACGGCACUUCGGGGUCCAUUCUCCAGGCUUCUGCGUUACACACUAAACCUGGCGGUCGUGUCAGGUGUCAGUACUUUCCCGCCGUCGACAAGGUGCUUUUUGUGGACGACUAUGCAGUGGGAUGCAGGAAGGACCUGAAUGGGAUCUUGCUCCUGGACACAGCCCUCCAACCUCCAGUGACCAAACCUGAGGAUAUGGUUCAGCUGGAGCUACCGGUCACAGAGGCUCAGCAGAUGUUGUCAGCCUGUCAGGAAAAGAUUGAUGUGUCCAACACAGAGGGCUAUGAACUCUUCAUCACUCAGCUUAAAGAAGGCCUGAAGAAUACCUCACAUGAGACGGCAGCCAAUCACAAAGUGGCCAAGUGGGCAACAGUGACCUUCCACCUUCCCCACCAUGUGCUGAAGCUGGUGGCCAGUGCCAUCGUCAGCGAGCUGAAGAAGAUCAACCAGAACGUAGCUGCCUUGUCCGUGGCCUCAUCCAUCAUGGACAGGCUCUCCUACCUCUUGUCAAGCGCCAGGCCUGAGCUUGGGGUGGGCCCCGGGCGCUCUGUAGAUAGAUCCUUGAUGUAUAGUGAGGCCAACAGGAGAGAAACCUUUACGUCAUGGCCACAUGCUGGGUACAGGUGGGCUCAGCCUGAUCCAAUGGCCCAAGCAGGGUUUUACCAUCAGCCUGCCUCCACAGGAGAUGAUAGAGCCAUGUGUUUCACCUGCAGUGUAUGUCUUGUCUGUUGGGAGCCUACAGAUGAACCUUGGUCUGAGCAUGAGCGGCAUUCUCCCAAUUGUCCAUUUGUGAAGGGCGAACAUACACAGAAUGUCCCAUUGUCAGUGACACUGGCGACCAGCCCGGCUCAGUUUCCCAACGGCCCUGACAGUUCAGAUAAGAUUGCUUGCUACGGUUUCGGCAGCUGCCCGCAGUUCCUUGCUGCUGCCACCAAGAGGGGCAAGAUCUGCAUCUGGGAUGUCUCCAAAAUGAUGAAGGUGCACUUGAAGUUUGACAUCAACCCGUAUGACCCAGCUAUUCUGAGGCAGCUGAUUCUUUGCAGUGGUGAGCAAGGCCAGCAGGCACUGACGGAGUCUCGGAGACCAACUCUGGCCUGGUUAGAGGAGUCUUCCUCCUGCUCUGACUUACCCAAGUUAGAGGGAGACAGUGAUGACCAGUUGGAGGAUUCAGACAGUGAUGAGCAUUCCCGAUCAGAGUCUGUAACAGGUCAGCCAUCUCAGUGGGAAAGUAUGGAUGUGAACCUAGGAGUGACGGCUCUGAGUGUGCUCCAGCAGCCUGAGAAGCUCCAGUGGGAAGUAGUGGCCAGUGUGCUGGAGGACACAGUGAAGGACCUGGAGGAGCUGGGCGCCAACCCCUCACUAAACCAAACCAAGGCCCACAGCCAGGCCAAAACAAAAGAUAAGGUCGUUGACCACCACAACAUUCCCUUUCCGUGCCUGCUGGCCGGAGGCCUACUCAGCUACCGCUCAGCAUCCAGCACCCCCAUGGCUGGUCCCCUACCCACAGCCUCUGCUACAUCACGAAGGACCGCAGAUAGCCCGCUUAGGACUCAUGGCUCUGAGCCUUUCAACACUGGGCCUUUACAAGAGCAGGGCCCCAUGGAGAUAGAGACUUGUGACCCUCAGACAGCAACCCAGGAACAGGGCUUUUCAAGCCUAACAGGUUCCCAGCCUCCAAGCCCCUCUGCUCUGCCAGCUGUACGCAGGACUAUACCAGUGCUUUUACUGUACAGUAUCAGAGAGGUGGAUGACAAGUCCUCAGGACAGGUGUUUGCUCAGAUGAACAACUUAAUGAGCAAGGGGCUCCAUGAUGAAGGCUUCACUGUGCCACAGAUAAUUGAAAUGGAGUUUGACACGCAUGAGCAACUUCUUCUUCAGGAUCCUCCUAUCACUUAUAUUCAGCAGUUUGCUGAUGCAGCAACUAAUCUGGCAGGGUUGGAUGGUCACAUGGACAAAUGGAGCACACUGGCUGCAGCAUCUGUCUCUACUCCACCUAGGCCUGGAGCAUUGGUGCAGUGCCUGAGACUACCCAAACAGCUGGAGGAUGAGAAUCUUUAUGUGGACUCAAUUACACCCUGCUGGGAUGGUGUGCACCUUCUGGUUGGUCUGCAGCCAUGUGACUCUGAGUCUCUGAGUGCUACAAACCAAGUGGAGGCUCUUAACAAUCUCAACCGCCUGCAUUCAGCUCUCUGUAGCCAGCGCAAAGGAGACCCCCUACACCCAGUGGCCAAUGGGGUUGAAGGCCAUCAUCCAGGGGCGUCUCCGCCUGAGACACCCCUCAUCCUACCCCCAGGGGACCAGCAGCAGCAACAUCCGAGGUCUCCAAGUGGUGGGAGUGGAGGGGGGUAUCUUGCACUCUACAAGCUCAACUAUUCCACCCGCAUUGUUACUUUGGAUGAGGAACCUAUCAAGGUGCAACAGAUCUGGGACCCUCGUGAUGCCAUCACCUCUCUAAUAUUGCUUCCUCCAGAUGUGCUGGACAGUAGGGAGGAUGACAGUGAAGAGACUCCUGAGGAGACUCUUGCUUCGGGCCCAAAAAACGGCUCAACUGGGUUUGGAACUGGCCCAGCAGGCUGUGCUGACUCUGUAACUGGGACUGCAUGUGGCGCAGCCACAACCAGCAGCAGUGCUACUGUCACCAGUCCCUCCACCUCUGGCCAUAAAGAGAGCAAGCGGUCAGAGGUGGCAGGCCUGGGCCACCUGGUGGUCACCACCCAGGCUGGGUAUAUUAUGAUUCUGGAUCUGUCCACAUUGGAAGUCCUGGCCAAGGUGGAGCCACCUAAAAAGGACGGGUCAGCAGAGGACACAGACCCCUUUGUCUCGGUUACCUAUUGUUCUGGGACCGACCGCCUUUGUGCCUGCACCAAAGGUGGAGAACUUCAUUUCCUUCAAAUUGGAGGUGCGUGUGAUGAUAUAGAUGAUGGGGACAUGUUUAUUGAUGGCCCCCUUUCUAAAGGGGCUGAACUGCUGCUUGAGGGGGCAAAGCCCUCCUCAAACCCUUCUAGCCCUGGGAUCACAGGAGUGGACCUCCUUGUGGACCAACAGCUGACAACAGAGAGUCUGAUGUCCCUUGUGGAGCUGACACGCUUUGAGACAUUGACACCACGCUUUUCAGCAACAGUGCCACCAUGUUGGGUGGAGGUGCAGCAAGAGCAGCAACAGCGCCGCCACCCACAGCACCUUCACCAACAGCACCACGGAGAUGCAGCCCAGCACACCCGUACCUGGAAGCUUCAGAGUGACAGUUCCAGCUGGGAUGAACAUGUGUUUGAGCUGGUUCUGCCCAAGGCCUGCAUGGUGGGCCACGUGGACUUCAAGUUUGUCCUGAAUGCCAGUAUCGUCAACAUUCCUCAGAUUCAGGUCACUUUAUUGAAGAACAAAGCACCUGGGCUGGGAAAAGUCAGCGAGACAGCAGUGGACAGACAGAUUUCCUUUCCUCUUUCAAACAUCCUCCACGCCAAUGGUGAGAGAAAUGGCCAACCUCAGCUCCAUGACUUCACAGAGGACAUACAGUUUAUGGACAUAGAGGAGACAUCGGGCUCCAUGUUGUGUCCCUUCCUAGAGGACCAUAAGGAGGACAUCUUGUGUGGUCCAGUGUGGCUUGCCAGUGGGCUGGACCUCUCUGGCCAUGCUGGCAUGCUUAGCCUCACCAGCCCAAAGCUGGUCAAAGGCAUGGCAGGAGGGAAAUACCGCUCCUUCCUGGUUCACAUUAAAGCAGUGAGUGACAAGGGCAUGGAGGACAGUCCCAGGCCUGUGUUGAGAAUGCCCAGUGUCAAGCCCCAGGGUGCCAAAGCCCACUCGCUGUCCACCCUGCUGCAACGGGCUCAGGCCUCUAAGGAGAAGGUCUCUGCAGUGAAAACAGAGACAUCUGCACCAUCAAAGAAGGUAGAAAACCUGCGAGGCUGUGAUCUACUGCAGGAAGUUUCAGUCACAAUCAGAAGGUUCAAGAAGACAUCCCUACCCAAAGAAAGGGUCCAACGCUGCGCUAUGCUGCAGUUUCCAGACUUCCACGAGAAGCUGCUGGAUGCGCUUUGUCGGCAGACGGAGGGCAGCCCAGCCACUGAGCAUGCCCAAAGCCUCACCCUGGACAUCUUAUGCUGGCUGGCAGGUGUUUUCACCAACGGACCCUGCAGCUUAAAAGAAGGAAAAGAGGGCUUGCUGGUGAAAACCCGAAUGAGGCUAACAGAUAUUGUGCGAGUGUGUUUCUUUGAGGCUGGACGGAGCAUAGCACACAAAUGUGCUCGAUUUCUUGCACUUUGUAUCAGCAAUGGGAAAGGAGACCCAAGUCAACAGGGGUUUGGUGUGAGCCUUCUGAAGGCUCUGCUAGACAAUAUGCCUUAUUUGCCUUCAGCAGCAACUGGUGGCUCUGUCUUCUGGUACUUUGUGCUGCUGAACUAUGUGAAGGAGGAGGACCUAGCUGGCUGCAGUACUGCCUGCGCCUCCCUACUUACCGCCAUCUCUCGACAACUGCAGGACCGCCUCACUCCACUGGAGGCACUGCUGCAGACCAGGUAUGGUCUGUACAGCUCCCCAUUUGAUCCGGUGCUCUUUGACCUGGAGGUCAGUGGUUCAUCUUGUAAAAAUGCCUUCAACAGCAGCAUCGGAGUCCAGUCAGAUGAGAUUGACCUCUCUGACAUUCUCUCAGGGAAUGGAAAAGUGAGCAGCUGUGCAGCAGCAGAGGGCAGCUUCACAGCAUUAACAGGACUCUUGGAGGUGGAGCCUUUGCACUUUACUUGUAUCUCCACCAGUGAUGGCACACGGGUGGAACGAGAUGAUGCCAGCAUGUUCACUGUUAGUACAUUUGGAGUCACCCCAGCGGUGGGUGGCCUGUCAACAGGACCAGUUGGUGAAGCUUCUACUGCUCUGAGUUCUGCAGCCCAGGUGGCACUCCAGUCACUGUCUCAUGCCAUGGUGUCAGCAGAGCAGCAGCUACAGGUCCUGCAGGAGAAACAGCAGCAGCUGCUGAAGCUGCAGCAGCAGAAGGCCAAGCUUGAGGCCAAGCUGCAUCAGACUACCUCUGCAGCUGCAACGACUUCUGGCGUGGGGCCCAUCCACAACUCUGUGCCUUCAAACCCCUCCUCUGCUCCAGGCUUCUUCAUUCACCCUUCUGAUGUCAUCCCACCAACACCCAAAACCACACCACUCUUCAUGACCCCUCCUCUUACACCGCCCAAUGAAGCAGUGUCUGCGGCCUUUAGUGCUGAACUGGCUCACCUGUUUCCUGGCUCCAUGAUGGAUGCAGGGCCUGUCAACCUGGCUGCACACAAGAACACACAGAAAAACAAACCAAGCCCUAUGGGCAGUGGUCUGGCUUUGGCUAUUUCCCAGGCAUCCCACUUCCUGCAGCCUCCUCCACACCAGUCUAUCAUCAUCGAGCGGAUGCAUUCUGGAGCUCGUCGCUUUGUCACGCUGGACUUUGGCCGUCCAGUUCUGCUGACUGAUGCUCUGAUCCCGACCUGUGGCGACCUGGCCUCUCUAUCCAUAGACAUUUGGACUCUGGGUGAGGAAGUGGACGGCCGCAGGCUGGUGGUGGCCACCGACAUCAGCACCCACUCCCUUAUUCUGCACGACCUACUGCCACCACCUGUCUGCAGGUUCAUGAAGAUUACUGUGAUUGGGCGCUAUGGCAGUACCAAUGCCCGAGCAAAGAUCCCACUGGGCUUCUAUUAUGGCCACACUUACAUCCUGCCAUGGGAGAGCGAACUUAAGCUGAUGCACGAUCCUCUACGGGGAGAGAGUGAGGCUGCCAGUCAGCCAGAUGUGGAUCAACACUUGACCAUGAUGGUGGCACUGCAAGAGGACAUCCAGUGCAGAUACAAUCUUGCUUGCCAUCGGCUGGAGACCCUUCUGCAGAACAUUGACCUUCCACCUCUCAAUAGUGCCAACAAUGCCCAGUAUUUCUUACGGAAGCCAGACAAGGUAGUAGAGGAGGACCAACGCGUUUUCUCAGCUUACCAGGACUGCAUCCAGCUACAGCUGCAGCUGAACCUGGCUCACCACGCCGUCCAGCGGCUUCGUGUAUCACUUGGCGCUAGCCGCAAAUCGCUUCCUGCAGCCAGUGCUCCAGAGGCCCAGGAGCUUGUUCACAACUCCUCCACAGAGCAGCUGAGAACCAUCAUCCGCUAUCUGCUGGACACACUGCUCAGUCUGCUGCACUCCAGCAAUGGCCAUUCUGUGCCCUCAGUGCUCCAGAGUACCUUCCAUGCCCAAGCCUGUGAGGAGCUCUUCAAACACCUUUGUAUUAGUGGGACGCCAAAGAUCCGUCUUCAUGCUGGCCUACUGUUAGUGCAGCUCUGUGGAAGCGAGCGCUGGUGGGGCCAGUUCCUAUCUAAUGUACUGCAGGAGCUCUACAACUCUGAACAACUCCUCAUCUUUCCCCAGGACAGGGUAUUCAUGCUCCUGUCCUGCAUUGGCCAAAGAUCUUUGGGUAACAGUGGUGUGUUGGAGGGGCUCCUCAACCUCUUGGACAGUCUGCUUUCUCCACUGCAACAGCCACAAGCUGCUGCUCAGCGCAGGACUGAAGGUGUUCUGGAUAUUCCCAUGGUCAGCUGGGUAGUGAUGUUGGUUUCCAGACUGCUGGACUAUGUAGCCAGUAUUGAAGAUGAGGCUUCAGGUGGAAAGAAACACCUUGGAGGGAAAGAGAGGGAGAGACCAUCAACAGGUAUUCAGUGGAGCUUCAUAAAUAACAACCUUCAGUCUCAGAACUCCAGCAGAUCAGCUAAAGGCAGCAGCAGCCUGGAUCGCCUGUACUCCCGUAAGAUACGCAAGCAGCUUGUACACCACAAGCAGCAGUUAAAUCUAUUAAAAGCAAAACAGAAAGCUCUGGUCGAGCAGAUUGAAAAGGAGAAGAUCCAGAGCAACAAAGGCUCCUCCUACAAGCUGCUAGUGGAACAGGCCAAGCUCAAACAAGCCACAUCCAAGCACUUUAAAGAUCUGAUCCGUCUGCGGCGGACGGCUGAAUGGCCCCGCUCCACAUUGGACACGGAGUCCACAACAGCCAAAGAAACUCCAGAAGUCGAACCUCUUCCCUUCACGCUUUCCCAUGAACGAUGCAUCUCUGUGGUGCAGAAGCUGGCCCUCUUCCUCCUUUCCAUGGACUUCACCUGCCACGCUGACCUGCUGCUCUUUGUCUGCAAGGUCCUAGCUAGGAUAGCCAAUGCCACAAGACCCACUAUCCACCUGUGUGAGGUGGUGUCUGAGCAGCAGUUGGAGCGACUGCUGCUCUUGCUUGUCGGGACAGACUUUAACCGAGGGGACAUCUCCUGGGGAGGUGCCUGGGCACAGUAUUCUCUCACCUGUAUGCUUCAGGACAUCCUAGCAGGUGAACUUCUGUCUCCAGGUUCUCUGGACAGCAUGGACGAGGUGGUGGUGGGUGAAGAGGCUGGGGCUUCGUCUUCUUCGGCAGGGGCAGAUUCAGAUGACUCCAUGCCCCAGCCAGCACCCAUCCCGCUGGUAGAGAGCAUUGACGAGGCCCUGGUGCCUGAUAUCAUCGCAGGUACUACCGGGACCUCCUCAGUAUUCCAAAGUGCUCCACCUCUGUCAUCUUUGGAAAAAGAUAAAGACAUAGACUUUGACUUGCUACAAGACCUGAUGGAUGUUGAUAUUGAUCCUUUAGAUAUUGAUUUGGAAAAAGAUCCACUCGCUGCCAAAGUGUUUAAGCCUAUAAGUAGCACCUGGUAUGACUACUGGGGCGCUGACUAUGGCACGUAUGGGUACAACCCAUACAUUGGUGGAGUUGGUAUCCCUGUCUCCAAACCUCCAGUUGCUGCCGAAAAGCCUGGAUCACAGGGUCUUUCGGUCUCCGUAUCACAGGCACUGGACGCCAGACUAGAAGUGGGCCUGGAGCAGCAGGCUGAGCUGAUGCUCAAAAUGAUGGCAACUCUACAGGCCGAUUCGAUUCUACAAGCCCUCACUUCAAGUUCAUCCACAGUGAGCCAGGCAUCCAAUGGGACUGAUGACUCCCUCCUGAGAGCUCUCCAUGGUGGAGGCUCUCCUCCAGGCAGCAGCCUCAUAAUCCAGCCAUCAUCCAUACCCAUUUUGAGUGCCUGCUUCAACAAGCUCUUCUCCAUGCUCCAAGUUCACCACGUACAGCUGGAGUCCUUGCUACAGCUGUGGUUAACUCUCAGUCUCAACACAUGUUCUGGUGGCAGUGAAGAUAGCGGAUCAGACAUCUUUCUGUUCAAUGCCAGCCGAGUGCCCACCAUCCCUCUUAACCAAGCAUCCAUCAGCAGUUUCCUGACGGUGCUGGCAUGGUACCCCAACACUUCCCUCAGAACAUGGUGUCUGGUGCUGCACUCUCUCACAUUGAUGACUAAUAUGCCAGCCUGCGGCUCUGGCAACGCGAUGGGCUCUCCAGAAAGCACAGCUCAGCAGAUGGUGACUGAUCCCACCCUGGUCCAUGUCCUGGUGCGCUUCCUGUCAGGCAGCAGCACCAAUGGAACGAGUCAGCACAGCUCGCAGGUGGGACCCACUGCAACCCAGGCCAUGCACGAGUUUUUGAGCCGCCUGCAGGUUCACCUGUCCUCUACAAGUCCCCAGAUGUUUAGCGAGUUCCUGCUCAAACUGAUGCACAUCCUCUCUACUGAGAGGGGUCCAUUCCAAUCAGGCCAGGGUCCAUUGGAUGCCCAGGUGAAGCUACUGGAGUUUACUCUAGAGCAAAACUUUGAAGUGGUAUCAGUGGCCACUAUCUCCUCUGUCAUCGAGUCUAUUACAUUCUUGGUUCAUCAUUACAUCACUUGCUCAGAAAAGGUAGUUUCCCGUAGUGGCUCAGACAGCUCUGUGGGUGCCCGAGCUUGCUUCGGGGGUCUGUUUGCUAACAUUAUCCGGCCAGGCGAUGCAAAGGCUGUCUGUGGAGAGACCACGCGUGAUCAACUGAUGUUCGACCUCCUUAAACUCGUCAACGUGCUGGUGCAGCUUCCCCUGUCUGGAGACAGAGAGUUCAGUGGACGGCUGCCGCCGGCUGGGAGCGCAGCAUCUGAUAGCAGUGUGUCAGAUGAGGAGAAGGUCUGUGGCAGCAAAGAAAGCAUGGCUGGUGGAUCCACAUCCAGUCAGGGUCCUCCUGUGGGUGUAGCAGACCUUGUGCUGGCCAAUCAGCAGAUAAUGAGCCAGAUCUUGUCAGCACUUGGCCAGUGCAACAGUAGUGCCAUGGCCAUGAUUAUAGGGGCCAGUGGUCUCCACCUGACCAAACAUGAGAACUUCCAUGGUGGCCUGGAUGCCAUCUCGGUGGGUGAUGGCCUGUUCACCAUCCUUACCACCCUCAGCAAGAGGGCCACCUCAGUCCAGGUCAUGUUACAACCCAUCCUCACAUACAUGGCCUGUGGUUACAUGGGCAGACAGGGGUCUCUUUCCACCUGUCAGCUGUCAGAACCUCUCCUAUGGUUCAUCCUCAGAGUGCUGGAUACCAGUGAGGCACUCAAGGCCUUCCAUGACAUGGGUGGUGUACAGUUGAUCUGUAACAACAUGGUGACUAGCACUAGAGCCAUAGUGAACACGGCACGCAGCAUGGUGUCUACCAUCAUGAAGUUCUUAGAUUCAGGUCCUGGAAAGGCAACAGACGGCAACCUCAAAGCCAGAGUGAUGACAUCAGAGCCAGACAAUGCUGAGGGACUCCACAACUUUGCCCCUCUAGGCACCAUUACAUCUAGUAGCCCUACUGCACAGCCAGCAGAGGUUCUUCUCCAAGCCACGCCACCCCACCGCCGGGCUCGCUCAGCAGCCUGGUCCUACAUCUUUCUGCCAGAGGAGGCCUGGUGUGACCUCACCAUCCACCUCCCAGCUGCUGUACUGCUGAAGGAGCUACAUAUCCAGCCCCACCUAGCUUCACUGGCUACCUGUCCAUCCUCGGUGUCAGUGGAGAUCAGUGCUGAUGGGGUCAACAUGUUGCCGCUUUCUACACCAGUCAUCACCAGUGGCCUGACCUACAUAAAGAUCCAGCUGGUAAAGGCAGAAGUUGCUUCAGCUAUUUGUCUGAGGCUGCACCGGCCUCGUGAUGCCAGCACUCUUGGUCUGUCUCAGAUCAAACUCCUUGGAUUGACGGCCUUUGGUAAUACCUCCUCUGCAACUGUCAACAACCCCUUCCUCCCUUCUGAGGACCAGGUCUCUAAAACCAGCAUUGGAUGGCUUCGUCUUCUCCAUCAUUGCCUGACCCAUGUCAGUGACCUGGAGGCCAUGAUGGCCAGUGCUGCAGCACCCACCGCCAACCUGCUGCAGACCUGUGCUGCAUUGCUUAUGUCACCUUACUGUGGCAUGCACUCUCCCAACAUUGAGGCGGUGCUGGUAAAAAUCGGCCUGCAGUCCACUCGCAUCGGUCUCAAACUCAUUGAUAUUCUGCUGAGAAACUGUGCCGCCUCUGGCACCGACCCUGCCAAUUUGAACAGUCCUCUGCUGUUUGGGCGACUUAAUGGCCUCUCCUCAGACUCCACCAUUGACAUUCUGUACCAGCUGGGCACCACACAGGACUCUGGAACCAAAGACAGGAUCCAGGCUCUUCUCCAGUGGGUCCACGAUUCUUCCCGAGUGGCUGCCCAUAAGAUGAGUGGUCCAAUGGGAUACCCCGGGGCCAGUGCUGGCUCUUCUUCUGCUUCAUCAAGGGAAUAUGGCCUCCUCAUGCCGUCUCCUUCCCACCUCCACUGUGUGGCAGCCAUUCUGUGGCACAGCUAUGAGUUGCCAGUUGACUACGACCUCCCUGCACUGCUCAACAGAGAGCUCUUUGAGCUGCUGUAUAACUGGUCCAUGUCAUUGCCAUGCAACAUUGUGCUUAAGAAGGCUGUGGACAGCUUGCUGUGUUCCAUGUGUCACAUCCACCCCAGCUACUUCUCCCUGCUCAUGUCCUGGAUGGGGAUCGUCACAGUGCCCAGCGCCAGUCACUCUCAAGCAGAGCACUGCCGCCUCGCUAUGACCGAUGACGGCAAAAAGCAGCAUGAUGCAAACACCAGUGCUGCAGGACUUACAGAUGACUCAAAGCAUGCAAGACCCCCCAUUAAUCUGUCAGAGUCCCAGUUAACCACUCUAGGAGCUGCUUCCCAGUCUCCGGGAGCGAUAGAACAGCUGCUGGACUCAGGCUUACCUUCACUGCUGGUUCGCAGCCUGGCUCAGUUCUGUGUUGGCCUACUUGCUAGUGCUGACCUCCCUCUACCCGCUGCUCAGGCUGAGAGACGACACCACCAUCACAACUACCACUCUCCCUCUUCGUCCUCACAGAGUCGGCUGCCUCUGGCUGCAGAGCUGGCUGCUCCAGUGCUGCAUUUCCUCACAGAAGUAGGCAACAGCCACGCCAUGAAAGACUGGCUAGGAGGACCAGAGGUCAACCCACUGUGGACGGCACUGCUCUUCCUGCUGUGCCAUUCUAGUGCCAGUGCUAGUGCCGGAGCCAAUGCAGGUUGUCAGUCUCUGAGCUCUGGCUCUGCAGCAGGUCCCACUUCAUCCCAGUCUCAACCUUCAGGGUCGCGUUUCUCUCUGGCAUCUUCUGGGCAGGCGGGAGGACUCACCACCCAGCAGAGGACAGCUCUGGAGAAUGCUACAGUAGCCUUCUUUCUCCAGUGUAUCUCCUGUCACCCUAACAAUCAGCGGCUCAUGGCACAGGUUCUGUGUGAACUCUUCCAGUCUGCUCCUCAGCGAGGCAAUGUGCCGAUCUCCGGAAACAUCUCUGGCUUCAUACGAAGGCUUUUCCUGCAGUUGAUGCUGGAGGACGAGAAGGUCACAGUCUUCCUACAAUCUCCCUGUCCGUUGUACAAAGGUCGCAUCAAUGCUACCAGCCACAUGAUCCAGCAUCCCAUGUAUGGUGCAGGCCACAAGUACCGUACCCUCCAUCUGCCAAUCUCCACCACACUGGCUGAAGUCCUGGACCGGGUGUCUGACACACCCAGUAUUACAGCCAAGCUGAUCAAUGAACAGAAAGAGGACAAGGAGAAGAAGAAUCAUGAGGAGAAGGAGAAGAUGAAAGCAGACAAUGGUUUCCAGGACAACUACAGUGUUGUUGUGGCCUCAGGCUUAAAGUCUCAAUCCAAGCGGGCUCUUUCAACUCCACCCCGACCUCCAUCAAGGAGGGGCCGUGUCAUGAGCGACAAGUUGACUGCUUCGUCUGGUGUGGACCCCUCAGGCAAAACCAUCAGUGUGCCUGUCUUUCACCUCUACCACAAGCUGCUUCCAGGUCAGCCCCUUCCACCUGAGAUGACCCUGGCCCAGCUACUGACGCUCCUGUAUGACCGCAAGCUGCCACAGGGCUACCAGUCUAUCAACCUGACAGUCAAACUGGGCUCCAAGGUCAUCUCUGACCCUGGCCUUUCAAAGACAGACUCCUUCAAGAGGCUACGCACUGAGAAAGGUCCUCUCUAUGCUCUCCUUGCAGUGGAUCACUGUGACAUGCUCAGCAGCUGUCCUGAGGAUGAACCAAUGACGGUUAGUGAAGAAUGCCUGGAUGCCGCCACUGAUGAGUCCUUGUUGGAAACCAAUCCCAUCCAGUCACCUCUGCAGGUCUUUGCCGGCAUGGGCGGCCUGGCCCUCAUCGCAGAGAGGCUACCCAUGCUCUACCCUGAUGUCAUUCAGCAGAACUCUCUACUCCUGGAUGGUCAUUCACAGGUCAGCGCCCCAGUGGUGCCGUCAGCCACACAGGAGAAGCCCAAAGACAGUGACCAGUUUGAGUGGGUGACCAUUGAACAGUCCGGAGAGCUGGUGUAUGAGGCGCCAGAGUCCAUCGCUGCUGAGCCACCACCCAUCAACAAGCAGCAUUCCCAGUCGUCUUCAUCGUCAUCAUCCUCGGUGCAGACCAUGUCCCCCAUCCCUGCCCACUCGCUGGCAGCCUUUGGCCUGUUUCUACGCCUGCCGGGCUACGCUGAAGUGCUGCUGAAGGAGAGGAAGCAUGCCCAGUGUCUGCUGCGCCUGGUGCUGGGUGUCACAGACGAUGGAGAAGGCAGUCACAUCCUGCAGUCUCCAUCAGCUAACGUAUUGCCCACGCUGCCAUUCCAUGUCCUACGAGCCUUGUUCAGCAGCACUCCUCUGACCACUGAUGACGGCGUGCUACUGCGGCGCAUGGCUCUGGAGAUCGGUGCUAUCCAUCUCAUCCUGGCCUGUCUGUCAGCUCUAAGCCACCAUGCUCCUCGCAAUCCCAACGCUAGCACCAGCGUCUCAGAGCCCCAGAUUUCCAGUUGUCACGGUGGGGGGACCAGCGAGGAGCAGCAGCUGUACUGGGCUAAAGGAACUGGUUUUGGUACUGGAUCUACAGCAUCGGGCUGGGACGUAGAACAGGCCCUGACCAAACAACGGCUAGAAGAGGAGCAUGUCACCUGUCUACUCCAGGUCUUGGCUAGCUACAUCAACCCAGCAGGCUCCAGCAGCUGCCAUAGUGUUGAUGCCUCUUCUGCAGACAACAGGGGCCACAACAGCUCAGCACUGCCAGCAGUGCUGCAGGAGCUGCUGAGCCAAUCUUGCCUCAUCCCUGCGAUGUCCUCCUACCUGCGCAAUGAUUCAGUUCUGGAUAUGGCACGCCAUGUGCCUCUGUAUCGGGCACUACUGGAGCUGCUGAGGGCCAUUUCCACCAGCACAGCCCUGGUUCCCUUGCUGCUGCCUUUGUCUGGAGAACCAGGGCUCGAUGAGGAAGAGGAGGAUGAAGAGCAUUCUGAGGGUCAGACCUCAGUUGGAAUGCUACUGGCCAAGAUGAAAAUCUGUGUGGAUACAUACACCAAUCGCCUCAGGUCAAAGAAGGAUAAAAGUAAAGGUGUGGUGAAGACAGAAAGCUCAGACCCAGAGCCCGAGGGUUUGACUCUGCUGGUGCCUGACAUCCAGCGGACUGCUGAGAUAGUAUACGCUGCUACAACAAGCCUACGGCAGGCCAACCAAGAGCGAAGGCUAGUGGAGUCUUCAAAGAAGGCGUCAAGCAGGCCCAAGCCCCUGUCCAUACUCCGCUCUCUGGAAGAAAAGUAUGUAGCUGCCAUGAAGAAACUACAAUUCGACACCUUUGAAAUGGUCUCAGAGGACGAGGAUGGGAAGCUGAUGUUCAAGGUCAACUACCACUACAUGUCUCAGGUGAAGAAUGCCAGUGAUACCAACAGUGCAGCGAGAUCUCGCCGCCUUGCCCAGGAGGCUGUCACCCUGUCCACCUCUCUGCCCUUAUCAUCCUCUUCCAGCGUCUUUGUCCGCUGUGAUGAGGAGAGACUGGACAUCAUGAAGGUUCUCAUCACAGGCCCAGCUGACACCCCCUAUGCCAAUGGCUGCUUUGAGUUUGAUGUGUAUUUUCCCCAAGACUAUCCUAACUCGCCUCCGCUGGUCAACCUGGAGACCACCGGUGGACACAGUGUUCGCUUUAACCCUAACCUCUACAAUGAUGGCAAAGUAUGUUUAAGUAUCCUCAACACAUGGCACGGGAGACCAGAGGAGAAAUGGAACCCACAGACCUCAAGCUUUUUACAGGUGCUAGUGUCGGUGCAGUCCCUCAUCCUAGUGGCUGAGCCUUACUUCAAUGAGCCAGGUUAUGAACGCUCCCGCGGGACUCCAAGUGGCACUCAGAGCUCUCGGGAGUAUGAUGGCAACAUUCGACAGGCCACUGUCAAGUGGGCAAUGCUGGAGCAAAUGCGGAACCCGUCACCAUGCUUCAAAGAGGUGAUCCACAAACAUUUCUACCUGAAGAGAACAGAGAUCAUGUCUCAGUGUGAGGAGUGGAUCGCUGACAUCCAGCAGUACAGCAGUGACAAGCGGGUUGGGCGCACCAUGUCUCACCAUGCUGCUGCUCUAAAGAGACACACAGCUCAGCUCAGAGAGGAGCUCCUGAAGCUGCCCUGCCCAGAUGGACUGGAGCCGGACAGCGACGAGUUCUCAGAGAAGAGCGCCGCCCUCAUCCUCAAAGAGCUGCCCAGUCAGGAUGCAGAGAAGCCUGGCAGCAGUCAGGACGGCCACUGCAGCGAGGGUCAGCUAUGAAGCUCCAACCCUCACUCCCCAUCCCUCCCUUUAACCCCUUAACCUCUUCCAGCAUCUUCAGCCCCCACCUUCCUGAUUACUCUUUCAAAGACUGGAUGGCUUCAGAGCACAAGCCAUCACUUUGUCAAUAUUUGUAUGUAAAGAUCUAAUAGCAGAACGAGGGGACGACAAGGUGACGAGAUGAACUCUGAACUAUGCUAUGCCCUUAUUGAAAACAGUCAACAAAAACUUUUAUUUACCUGUAAAAGAGUGUAAACAUUUUGUGCUUUUUUCCAAUUGUGAAAUAACCACUGAUUGGUAUGUUAUUAAACUUGUUUAUGUAUACAUAAUGGCAGAGGAAAAAUUACAGAUUAUAUAAGGGAAACUACCUUUAGAGAAGAAUGUUUACUGAAUGUGUUUUUUCUUUUCUUUUUGACUGUUAGAGCGAGAGUAGUUGUAACCAAGGAUAUAUUGGUCAUUCUUUAAGGAAACUAUUUAAAAAAGAAAACAUACAGGUAACAGAAUCUGAGAUAAAAUCCCCUCUGAUCAUCCGUUGCUUCAUCUGAUUUCUUUCGGAUCAUAUCCACUUGAAUAAAGGUUGAGAUGGACAUUCUUAAAUGCUAUGUUAUCCGUUUUACAGGCUCCAGAUUAAACAGCACCAUGCUCUUGAUAAACGUUGUUGCCUCUCAGAACCUCUCCAUGACUGCUUUCCAUCAACAUGACUGUAGAUCCCAAGACUGUGUGUCAGAGCCACAUGGGAAAUGAUGUACUUUGAAGGCUUGUGCAUGUGUAUGUGUGUUUUCUGUGCGUGUGCAACAAUCCCCAGUGAGAUACAAAGCUGUGAUGUGCCUUUGAUCUACACCAUACCACCAAAUACUCCAACUGAGUACCUUUACUGAUUUCUUUGCUCUUUCUACAAAAUUAAGAAUUCUGCUCCGUCUGACAUAAAAGAAACUGCUUUGAUCUUUUUUUUAUUAUGUUGAACUCCAGUGAACAAAAAAAAAAUGCACUUUCUAUUUUACUCACUCCUCAGAACAGUCACAUAUUCCUUUUGCUAGGACAUUAAAUGGAGCUUGAAAGUA